AGGUGCCACAAUGAGUGUGAAGAAGUACUUGCUGAAGGGCCUGCACCGGCUGCAGAAGGGGCCUGGCUACACCUACAAGGAGCUGCUGGUGUGGUACUGCGACAACACCAACACCCACGGCCCCAAGCGCAUCAUCUGUGAGGGGCCCAAGAAGAAGGCCAUGUGGUUCCUGAUUACCCUGCUCUUUGCUGCCCUCGUCUGCUGGCAGUGGAGUGUCUUCAUCAACACCUACUUCAGCUGGGAGGUCAGCGUUUCCCUCUCCUUAGGCUUCAAGACCAUGGACUUCCCGGCCGUCACCAUCUGCAAUGCCAGCCCCUUCCAAUAUUCCAAAGUCAAGCAUUUGCUGAAGGACCUGGAUGAGCUGAUGGAAGCUGUCCUAGAGAGGAUCCUGGCUCCUGACCCCAGCCUUGCCAAUGCUACGAGGGCCCUGAACUUCACCAUCUGGAACCAUACACCUCUGGUUCUCAUCGAUGAGCGGAACCCCCACCACCCAGUUGUUUUUGACAUCCUUGCAGAUAACCACAAUGGCUCAGCAGCAGCAAGAAUCUGUAAUGCCCAGGGGUGCAAAAUGGCCAUGAGACUAUGCAGGCUCAACAGGACCGACUGCACCUUCCAGAACUUCACCAGCGCCACCCAGGCAGUGACGGAGUGGUACGUCCUGCAGGCCACCAACAUCUUCUCCCAGGUGCCCACCUGGGAGCUGGUGCAGAUGGGCUACCCCUCGGAGCAGCUGAUCCUGGCCUGCCUGUUUGCGGCUGAGCCCUGCAGCUACCGGAACUUCACGUCCAUCUUCUACCCUCAUUAUGGCAACUGUUACAUCUUCAACUGGGGCAUGACAGAGAAGGCACUCCCUUCAGCCAACCCUGGAACUGAAUUUGGCCUGAAGUUGAUCCUGGACAUAGGCCAGGAAGACUACGUGCCCUUCCUUGCAUCCACGGCCGGGGUGCGGCUGAUGCUUCACGAGCAGAGGUCCUACCCCUUCAUCAGAGAGGAGGGCAUCUAUGCCAUGUCAGGGACAGAGACAUCCAUCGGGGUGCUGGUGGACAAGUUACAGCGCAAGGGCGAGCCCUAUAGCCCGUGCACCAUGAACGGCUCCGACGUCCCUGUCCAGAACUUCUACAGCAGCUACAACACGACCUACUCCAUCCAGGCCUGUCUUCGCUCCUGCUUCCAAGACCAAAUGAUCCAGAACUGUAGCUGUGGCCACUACCUCUACCCCCUGCCCCCUGGGAAGAAAUACUGCAACAAUAAGGACUUCCCGGACUGGGCCCGCUGCUACUCAGACCUGCAGGUGAGCGUGGCCCAGAGGGAAAACUGCAUCAACCUGUGCAAGGAAUCCUGCAAUGACACCCAGUACAAGAUGACCAUCUCCAUGGCCGACUGGCCGUCUGAGGCCUCCGAGGACUGGAUUUUCCACAUCUUGUCCCAGGAGCGGGACCAAAGCACCAAUAUCACCUUGAGCAGGAAGGGAAUCGUCAAGCUCAACAUUUACUUCCAAGAGUUCAACUACCGCACCAUUGAAGAAUCGGCAGCCAAUAACAUCGUCUGGCUGCUCUCAAACCUGGGUGGCCAGUUCGGCUUCUGGAUGGGGGGCUCAGUGCUAUGCCUUAUCGAGUUUGCGGAGAUCAUCAUCGACUUCGUGUGGAUCUCCAUCAUCAAGUUGGUGGCCUUUGCCAAGAGCCUGCGGCAGCGCCGAUCACAAGCUCGCUAUGCUGGGCCACCACCCACCGUGGCCGAGCUGGUGGAGGCCCACACCAAUCCCGGCUUCCAGCCUGACACGGCCAACCACAGUCACAGCACAGGGACCUACCUUGAUGAGCAGGCCCUGACCAUUCCGGGCACCCCACCCCCUAACUAUGACUCCCUGCGUCUGCAGCCCCUGGAUGUCAUCGAGUCCGACAGUGAGGGUGACGCCAUCUAGCCCUGUCCCUGCCCACUCUGGGCAGCUUAGGAACUCGAAGCUGAGAAGCAGAGGCCAUUGGUCAAGUCCUCCUUUUAUGGUGCCCUCUCCAAAGGACCAGAUGAGAGGUGUCCAAGCCCAGAAGUUGAAUCUCUCAGCAUUGAGACAAGCAGCAAGUGGCCAGUCCCAGGUUGAGGGCUCCACAGGGCCACAGGGCUGUGCAGGCUGUGGGGACCGUGUUUCUCCCUGGCUCCUGAGCACAUCCCCACCUGUCCUGAUCCUUUCCCUG